AUGAAAGUCUCCUCCUCGUCGCCGUCGAGAGGAGGAGGAGGAGGAGGAGGGGCGUCGUCGUCGUUGAAAAGGCGAAGGAAACAACAACAAAGCGAAGAUUUGGAGGAGGAUUUGGAAGAAAAAGUGGCGAAAGAGGAAGAAGGCUUCGCGGAGGAAACGACAAACACGAACAACGCGUUCACGCAGACGACGUCACCACAUUCGGAAGAGAAUCAACCGGUGGACGUUCUUUUGCACCCGCACCAGUCGAUUGCUAUCGAGGGGUCGUGCGGGGUGAAAGUGACGUCCGCGGUGGUGUGCAUCAACGGAUAUUUAGCGAGGUGCGACCACCCGGAGCAGUAUUGCAGAGCGUCGAGAUUGGUCGGGAACGCGGUGACCGUGCGGUCGGGAGCGUUAGGAGCGGAAGUUAGGCUGACGCCGUUACCGUUGGACGACGAGUUGUGCGUUACGGUGAAAGGCGGCGAGGAUGUGGAAUUGCCGAAAGAGGAGUUGAAAGCGGUGAUAUUAGCGAGAGGGAAAGGGUUCUUCGCCGAGCGGUUUCAAAGGAUUAAGCAAGUGUCGUUUCGGCACCAGAAGGUGGCGCAUUUGCAAAGAGAGGACGAGAGGGAGAAAGCAGAGAGAAGCGGCGGGAAAGUGUUGAAGAGAAACAUAUCUUCGUUCGAGUUGGUGUCCUUGAAUGCGAAUGCUAAUACGCAUAAUAGCAGUUAUAGUCAAAAGGGCGGCAAACCGGAGGUCCCGGAGGAGAUUUUGAACUCGAUGAGCGGCCAAGUCGAAGGGAGUUCGAUGAAGACGACGUCGACGACUCAAGAGGAAGACUCAGACAACGCGAACGGCACUUUGCCUAGAAAUAAGAUUCCAGAGGAUUGGGCGAGAGCUGGUACGGCGGCGGGGGAUACGGUGAGGCAACUUUCGAGGGAUCCGAAAGGACCGCCCGCGGUGAUCGCGUUCGUCGGGCCAAAAGGUGUUGGGAAGUCCACGUUUGCUAGAUACGUGGCAAAUUUGUUGUUGAUUGAUUACCAAAAAGUUGGGUUCUUGGACAUCGAUCCCGGGCAACCAGAACGGACGGCGCCCGGUUUGAUUUCCGUGACGACGCUGCAAACGCCUCUGCUUGGACCUCCGGCGCUGAGGUUAUCUGGCGGAGAGUUUUUGGGUUCGGGAGAGAAGCCUUUUUAUCAAAAGUUUAUCGGAGACUACUCUCCAGAGAGCGAUAUCGAUGCAUACGUGGACGCCUGCGUGGAGUGCUUGGAUAAAUGGUUGGAAAAAAUGAAGGAGGAAAGAUCGACGAAUAGAACGGAAGCGCUUUUGAUCAAUUGCAACGGCUGGGUAAAAGGCGCCGGCUUGGAGGCUUUAGCGAAGUUUCUAGACAGAGUGCCACAUUUAACGCACGUAUUAAACGUUCAAUCGCACGCCGAGAAAAGGAAUUGCCCUGGAGGGGCGUUUUGGAAUGUGAACAAUAGUAAUAGCACUGAAGGAGGAGGAGAGAAGAGGGACGUCGCUUCGUUCGAUGGAUCCAUGUCGUUCCCAGAUAAAGAAGGCACGAAAAUUACCUACGUUUCCGCCGGCGCGCAAGGUAGAAACGAUAAGGACGAAACAGAAGGCGAAAAACAAGCUUGGAAGCGUUCGCCUCAAGAUAGUCGCGCGUUACUUUGGCUCGCUUGGGCGAAACAAGUUGUGGCGAGACACGCGGGUCGGCCCGAAUGCGGCGGUCUGCGCUUGACGAAUGAAGCCAGCUCGUUCGCAGCCAUUGCUAGAGGUUUAGAACACGCGACACCGUGGCGCGUUUCGUUAGACGACGUAAAAAUUAAGGUGUUGUUUUCGGAUAUUCCAAACAAAAACGACGCUUUGAAAGCUCUGAAUGCCUCGGUCGUUGGAUUGUUGCUCGAGGACGAUUCGUGUGUAGGUUUAGCCGUCGUUCGUUCUGUCAACGAGGCCGAGAAUUGCCUCUUUUUGCUUUCGAACGUCGAAACAGACGUCAUUCGUACCGUGAAAACGUUGUGUUUGGGCAAAGUUACGCUUCCCAUGAAACUGAAAGGUGUGUUGAAUGGGAGCUCGCCUUACGCCGCAGUUGGCGUAGUAGCAAACGAAGGCACCGGCGGCGCCGAACAAAAGAGCAGAAACAACAUAGCACGGGGAGGCGCGACGGAGAAAUUGUGA